AUGUCGAUCGAAAUUUCUGAUGAUGAAUGUGAAGAUGCUCUCUUACGUGCCAAAACUCUUCGCCUGGAUGAUUGUGAUCAAUCUGCUCGAGAGGAAGCACAAGAUUGGAAGAACAAGUACCAGGAAUUGGCAGAACGAUUGGCUGCACUAGAGGGUAAGAAAAAUGAAGAUUCCUUCAAAACCCCUACUCCCAAGAAGCUGUUCACCCCGGAGGCAAGCCCUCUUCCUUCCAACGCAUCGGCAUCGCCCAGCGGCGAAGUCGAUGCCAACAUGCCGAAGCAGUCUGCCAUGCCACCACCCCCACCCCCCAAAGCAGCUGUGACCAAGGCUUGCCCUCCCUUUCCAGCAUCUGUGCCCAAGGCAUCCCCUCCGGCAGAAGGUGCGAAAGCAUCUGUGCCCAAGCCUUGCCCUCCAAAGGCAUCCCCUCCGGGGCUGAUGGUGGCAACAGUGGCGGAAGAUUCUGCUGACACUUUGAAAGAUGGAGAAGAGGCCAUUGCCGAAGAGUUGGAUCUGAACCACGAGGACAGGCGAACUGCCGAAUUCCAAAAGCAAGUUGUCUUCAUCAAAGAGCAGCAGAGGGCAAAGGAGGAAGAGAUCGAAGGAGGAUGGUAUACGGAAGAGAGGAUGUCCAAAGACUUAUCCUAUUCCUCGGCUUUCAAGUAUGACGCCAACACCACGGAGUACUUCGUACAAACGGCGGACACGGUGAAGGUCAAGAGGUCCGAGAUGGAUCGCUGGCUCAGUGCUGAUGAGAAGAAACCAGAGGACAUGCCAAGCCAGCCCCUCGAGCAUCUGGCCCUCACUGAUAACUGUGGAGUUGAAGCAGGUGAGCCCGGGAAGGUUGGAUCUGUCGCAGCAAACGGCCCCAAUGAAGUCAAAGAGAACCUGAAGGCCUUCACUGACUCCGUUCACCAAAAGGCCAGUCAGGUUGUGCAGUGGCUGCAGCAAAUUGAUGAAGCCACGAAUGAGCGAACCAAGAAGUUUUGUAAAGAUAUGAAGGGUGUCCUGCAGGCCUUCGAGGGGUCAUUUCUGCAGUUGGCAGAAGCCCAGCACUACUUGGAAGCAAAUGAAGGUUCUAUGGAACAGAUCCUCCAGCGCAUCAACGACGCGAAGGCGACCGCUCGUUCCCCGUGUGUGAAAAUCAUGGCGUCCGAGCACACCUACAAAAUGCUCUUGGCUGAGUCGAAGAAAAGGCGACGUGACGAAGGGGAACCUGGAGAACCUGGAUCUGAAGGCAAGGCAAAGCCGAAGCGUAAAGCGAAGGCUGCACCCAAGAAUGAGCUGAGACUCUACCCCAUGAUCAAUAUGAUCAAAGCCAACUGCGUGCCAGCAGAACUGCUUCCAGCCUUGCCAGAAGCCUUGCCCGAGGCACCCGCCAUUCAACUUGCAGAACAUGCUGCGGCUAUUUUGGAAGACGAUAGGUUACCCAUGGCUGAAACCUACGGAUAUGGUCGCAAUGCUGAACCAGUGGAACUGCUUGGAUUCGAACUUUGUCGAUGGCUUGCAUUUGCAGCCCUCCGUGAAACCUAUGCAGACCAUCCCGAAGCUUUGGAUGAGGGCAUGGCAUUGGUAUCUGGCGACCUGGUGAGUGCAAUGAGGAAUGGCGUAGAAAUUGGAAAGCCGGAUGCCCCAUGCAAACUCAGACUGGUAGUCACUGGCAUCAAGGGAGACUGGCCAUUCCUCAUUGAAUGCGGUCAUUUGACAAGGCACUUCAGAAGGGCACCUAAGAGGGGGCAAUCCGCUAUGCAAUCAGAAGGUAUCUGUCACCUUUGCUUGGCAGGAUAUGACGGAUUCCCCUUUACCGAUGUAAGUGAUGCUCCUGGAUUUGAGAGAACGAUGUGCAGUGCAGCUGCCUUGUGCCCUUGGGAAACAAUGUCACCUUGGAUUUUGGACCUCCCCGCUGAACCAAAUUUCAGAGCUUGGAUCCUUCGACCGGACCUUUUCCACAAUUUUCAUUUGGGAGCGGGCCGAUAUUUCGUGGCAUCAGUUCUGGUGGUCCUACAGCAAUUUUCGGAAGUGUUCCCAGGUGGCUCUGUUGAGACGCGCUUCGCUUCCAUGUCCUCCCUUUGGCUGACAUUUUGCAAGAUGAAGAAAGAAGCUGUCUUUGGUGUAGAAUCGAAUGCUUUCCUUUCUUUUUAA